AUGGCCACUACUAUCACUGCUAUCAAGGCUCGCGAGAUCCUCGAUUCUCGUGGCAACCCCACCGUCGAGGUGGACCUUUUCACCAACAACAAGGGUAUGUUCCGUGCUGCCUGCCCUUCUGGUGCUUCGACUGGCGAGUUCGAGGCCGUCGAGCUCCGUGAUGGUGACAAGACCCGUUUCCAGGGUAAGGGUGUUCUCAAGGCCGUCGCCAACGUUGAGAAGAUCAUCGCUCCCGCUCUCAUCGGCAAGGAUGUCACCGACCAGGCUGGCAUCGAUAAGUUGAUGGUUGAGGAGUUGGACGGUACCCAGAACGAGUGGGGCUGGUGCAAGGCUAAACUUGGUGCCAACGCCAUCCUUUCCGUCUCCAUGGCUGUUUGCCGUGCCGGUGCCGCCGCCUCUGGCAUGCCCCUCUAUCAGUACAUUGCCAAGCUCGCUGGCAAGGACACUGAGAAGUUCACCAUGCCCUGCCCCUGCUUCAACGUCAUCAACGGCGGUAAGCACGCUGGUAACCGUCUUGCUUGCCAGGAGUUCAUGCUCGUCCCCUGUGGUGCCAAGUCUAUCCACGAGGCCAUCAGGAUCGCUUCUGAGGUCUAUCACGAGCUCAAGUCCGUGAUCAAGGCCAAGUACGGUCAGGACGCCACCAACGUUGGUGAUGAGGGUGGAUUCGCCCCCAACAUCCAGGAUAUGGAUGAGGCUCUUUCCGUCCUUCUCGAGGCCAUCAAGAAGUCCGGUCAUGAGGAUACUUGCCGUAUCGGUUGCGAUUUCGCCGCCUCUGAGAUCUAUGAUGCCAAGACCGGCAAGUACGAUCUUGACUUCAAGAACUCCGAGCCCCAUGCCGANNNNGGUUCUCGGUAUCUACUUGACCGUGCAGAAGGCACGACAUUCCUCAUGGGCUCACCUGUUCUUUGA